UCAGACCGCGCCGGCCGCGCUCCCGCUCCGCGCUCUCACGGGCUCUCGCUGCACCGGCGCUGGACAUGGGCUCCGCGGGCACCCGUCCCGCUCUGGCGGCCGCUCUCCUCUGCCUGGCCCGCCUGGCUCUGGGCUCGCCCUGCCCCGCCGUGUGCCAGUGCCCGGCGGCCGCGCCGCAGUGCGCCCCGGGCGUGGGGCUGGUGCCGGACGGCUGCGGCUGCUGCAAGGUCUGCGCCAAGCAGCUGAACGAGGACUGCAGCCGAUCGCAGCCCUGCGACCACACCAAGGGCUUGGAGUGCAACUUCGGGGCCAGCCCCGCCGCCCUGAAGGGCAUCUGCAGAGCACAGUCUGAAGGAAGACCAUGUGAAUAUAACUCCAAAAUCUACCAGAACGGCGAGAGCUUCCAGCCGAACUGUAAACACCAGUGUACGUGCAUAGAUGGAGCUGUGGGCUGCAUCCCGCUCUGCCCGCAGGAGCUCUCUCUUCCCAACCUGGGCUGCUCCAGCCCCAGGCUGGUCAAAGUCCCCGGGCAGUGCUGCGAGGAAUGGGUCUGUGACGAAAGCAAGGAUGCGCUUGAGGAGCUGGAAGGCUUUUUCAGCAAAGAGUUUGGUCCAGACGAUUCCGAAGGCGAACUAACCAGGAACAAUGAGCUAAUUGCCAUUGUGAAGGGAGGCCUGAAAAUGCUACCUGUUUUUGGAUCCGAGCCGCAAAGCCGAGCUUUUGAGAAUCCCAAAUGCAUUGUGCAAACAACCUCUUGGUCCCAGUGCUCGAAGACGUGUGGAACUGGCAUCUCCACGAGGGUGACAAACGACAAUCCUGACUGCAAGCUCAUCAAAGAGACCAGGAUAUGUGAAGUGAGACCAUGUGGCCAGCCCAGCUAUGCCUCCCUAAAGAAGGGAAAAAAAUGCACAAAGACAAGGAAGUCCCCCUCCCCAGUGAAGUUUACUUACGCUGGAUGCUCCAGUGUGAAGAAGUACCGCCCCAAGUACUGUGGCUCCUGCGUGGAUGGCAGGUGCUGCACACCCCAGCAGACCAGGACUGUCAAGGUCAGGUUCCGCUGCGAUGACGGGGAAACCUUCACCAAGAGUGUCAUGAUGAUCCAGUCGUGCCGAUGCAACUACAACUGUCCGCAUGCAAACGAAGCCUAUCCCUACUACAGACUGGUCAACGACAUUCAUAAAUUUAGGGACUGAGUUGUGUUGGGGGUGGGAUGCAAAACAGAAUUUUGAAGUACCCAGCCAUGGAGAAAGGACCUUUGAUGGAAAUGGUGCCUUGCCCAUUUGAGGGCAACAUCGAGAUGUUACAGGAGUGCACUGUGCAACUGGACACUAAUGCAACAGAGAUUUUAAGCAUACUUAAAGCUUCAUAGUACUGGAGCAACUUUACUGCUUCUUUUUGGAGCACCUUAUCUAAUUAUAUACUGUUUUCUGUUUGUA